AUGAAUCCCAACAACCACCCUGAACAAGGGGAAUUAUUCCUCUCCGACCCUGGGCAAUCGCAGGCCGAGUCGCCCAUCGUCGGUCCGCUGCGAAUCAGCAAGAAUCAUUCCCCUCCGCCUGCUUCGCAUAACUCCCCUCUUCCAUAUCCCGAUGAUCGUCCAAGAUAUGCACCGCUUCAUGGUUUAGAAUCUACUGGCUCGCCCGGGGCCUACCAGGGGGACUCGCCUACGGUCCCUGGGCCCGGCGCAUCGAAACCUUGGGAGUACCCUACAGCCCUGCGGUCGAGGGAAGGUCGCGAACCGAAACCGGUGACCCUGGCUGAACGGCGGGGCAACGUACCCAAGCCUCUCCCCGAGUCACCUGCCGGGGACAUGCCGGACCGGGAAGCGAUGUUUGCGAGAAAGUAUCAACGCGUUCCAGCGCCGCCGGCGUCGACCAGCCACGCUCAGGCUGAGGGGUCUGCAUAUCCGGACUAUCGUCAACAAUAUUAUCCUCCCCCUCAAGCGUCUACCCCGAGACCAGCGACCGGGCAACAUCUACAGCCAGCCACACAUCCCAUUAACAGAAUCAGUUCAACGGCGUCCACUUCUACCACGCGGGCCCAGCGCGGCUCCCCUCCACCCCCCGAGACUCCCAUUGUUGAGCCUGGCCAGCAACCGGCAUCCGACAUCGAGGCGCGGUAUGCCGCGUCCGGAAUUGCAGGAACUUCAACGUUGACGGGCCUGCAGGCUCAGAGUGCCGCCGCGCAGAGAAGAGCAGAGCAGUAUGCUGGACAACAGCCGCGGAAUCAGCAACUGGUCCAACGCCCCUGGACCCCAACUGAACAGCCGGGGACCCAGCCCCAUGGUCCCCCCACUGUUUAUCAGGGCGACGGCGUGGUCUCGACGGGUGACCCUCCCGCGAGCCCUUUUCCUCCUCCGCAGUCUACCGGGACUCCUUUUCCUCACCCGCAGUCUACUGGAACUCCUUUUCAUCCCCCGCAACCUACCGGGACUCCUUUUCAUCCCCCGCAGUCUACCGGGACUCCCUAUCAUCCCCCACACUCUGCCGGGACUCCAGUUCAGCAAGCGCAAGCCCAGACUCCUUCCAGGGUUCUACCCAAUGCUUUAGAGCAGGACUUGGACCGGAUGCGUAUCAGCUCUUCGCCCCCGCCCGCCUAUUCAAGUGUCUCUGGUCCCAAUGUACCCCAGGGCUAUCCCAACGAAAAGCAACGUAUGCCAGCUCAGCAACCUCAGCCCGUGCCUGAUGCUGUGCAUCCAGCCAUGAUGAGCCCUAUGAGCGCUGGAAACAUGCCCCCUGUCCCGGUGACUUCAGCCCAGGAUCAUCCAGCGUUUGCCAACGAUCCCAGGCAACAACAACCAGUGGGCCACUCUUCUCAGGGCCACUCUUCCCAGGGCCACUCUUCCCAGGGCCACUCUCCCCAGGGCCACUCCCCACAACACGCUGUACCGAACGGGGGGCAGGACAUACAGCCCCAGCAUGUUAUCCAGCAGACCCAAAUUGCCGCGUUGGCUUCACCAACGGGCCUUCCGCCUGCUUCUCCCCCGCCGCUCCCAGAGGGAUGGAUAGCCCACCUGGACCCCAAUUCGGGACAAUACUAUUAUAUUCACCUUCCCACUCAGUCUACGCAGUGGGAAUUCCCGAAGGGUCCGACACCCCUUAACUUGAACGAAACGCCCUUGUCACCAGUGGGCAGCAUAUACAGCAGCCAUCCCCUGACCUCACCUGGCUUGUCGGCGUUUGGCAAGCCACUGGCCUCCCCGGGGCUUCCCAUGACCCCGGGCUUCGAGAGCUUGCAGUCCCCGGUUGUGGCCGGAUUCACCGGCCCUCCGCCAAGUAGUGGCGUGGACAUGUACAAGGUUGCGCCGACAAACGGCGUAUAUUUUGGCCCAUACCUCCGCUACACCAACAUGGAUGUGGAGCGCGGCAUCUGGCUUGGGUCCAUCCUGCUGGUCACUGACGCUCCACAACCCCCAACGAUCCAUACCCACCAGAGCGCGGAUCUAUCCCCCAACCCACGCCAGCUCAAACCACUCGCUAUUGCCGUCCGUCAGCGGUGGACCUUCUACAAGUAUGAACUUGAUAUCCAGAUGGACGAAGCAGGACCAGCCAAAUGGACAUACGCGAUCACCUCCCACCUCGGCUGCACCCGCUACGAGUUCCUAGUCGCAGGUCGCCACGAGACCAACUGGCGCUUCGUCACAACCUCCGGCAACGAUUUCUCCCUCAACAUCAACGCAAAUGAGCGCUCCCGAGUAGGCGGCGAGGGCUUCAUGUGGAAGGACAUCAUGCAGAAGCACACCGAGAUCGGGGGCUUCCAUGCCCAGCUCUGUCUCGGGGGGCAGAUAUAUGCUGAUCGCAUGUGGAAAGAGAUCGCUUCGCUCAGACAGUGGCUGACGAUCAGUGGUAAGGAAGCGAGAAAAAACUCGCCGUGGUCGGCUGCCCUUGAGGAGGAUGUCUCGCGGGCGUACUUCCACUACUAUACCAGCCAUUUUGAUCAGCCUUAUUUGAGGGAGUCGUUUGCGCAGAUUCCUUAUAUUUGUCAGAUUGAUGACCAUGAUAUAUUCGACGGUUUUGGUUCCUAUCCCGAGCACAUGCAGUUUUCCAACAUGUUCAAAAACAUAGGGCGCGUUGGAAUCGAGAUGUACCUGCUCUUCCAGCACCACACCUCGCUUGAGAUCCUGCGCAACAUCAACACAGACACCGAUCUGUUCACAAUCACCGGGACAGGGUGGCACUUCGUCAAGUUCCUUGGCCCAGCAGUGGUAGUCGUCGGCGUCGACUGCCGGUCCGAGCGAAACCCACACCAAGUGGUAGCAGGUCCAACAUAUCAAGGCAUCUUCCCCAAGGUGGCAAUGCUACCACCAUCCGUACAGCACUGCCUGUGGAUGAUCUCCAUGCCAGUCAUCUACCCACGGCUGGAAACUGCAGAGCACAUUGCGCAUACCGUCACCUCGGGGAAACGAGCCAUCACGGGUGCGUACAACGUCCUCGGAAAGGUCACCAGCUCUGUUGCUGGUGUUGUGGGCGCGAAAGAUAUGGUCGGCUCGGGGUUUGACUCUGUCAAGCGUGCGGUGGGCAAGUCUGGCCUUAUGGGUGGUAUAUUGAGUCCUUUUGGCGAGUUUGACAUGAUGGAUGAGCUUAGAGAUCAGUGGACGCAUGAAUCUAAGGACCUCGAACGAACCUACCUCAUCCGCACCCUCCAAGGCAUCGCGCACCAAAAGUCCCUCCGAAUGACCUUCCUCUCCGGCGCCGUCAACGUCUGCGGCGCCGGCCUAGUCCACGACCCCAGCCACCCCUCCGACCACAAAACAAUGUACCAGCUCAUCUCCUCCGCAGUCGUAAACAGCCCUCCCCCCUCAUAUAUCCUCAAACUCCUCCACAACAACAACAAGCCCAUCUACAUCCCCGCCAACGGCCACCGCUCCACCCCGUCCCAACCAACAGAUACGAAAGAGGACAUGAUGGAGAUCUUCCAGUCUGAUGUCACCGGCCAGGCCCGUGAGCACCGCAAGCUGAUGGGGAGGCGCAAUUAUGUGGCCAUCGUCGCUUAUGACCCUGAGACUGUGAAUAACGGUUAUGGUCCGGCGUUUCCUGGUCAUGGCGGGAAGCUGAAUCUGGCGGCGGAUUUUAUGGUCCAGGGGGAGGGCGCUUAUGGGAGUGUGGUUAAGUAUGGGCCUGUUAUUGUGCCGAGCUUGGAGCUGGGGAAGUGA